UCAAACGUCAACUUUUUCGGUUCUAAAUUACAUUAUUCAUAUUAGAAUAUCGCAAAUAUGGAUAAAGACGUAUCAAACUACUCCGUUGUGGGUCGAAUAGGCGAAGGCGCCCACGGUCUCGUGUUUAAGGCGAAGCACUUGCCUACGGGGCGCGAGGUGGCGCUGAAGAAGAUACUUAUUAAAAAUCUGGAGGAUGGUAUACCUGUUAAUGUGAUGAGGGAGAUCAAGGCGUUGCAGCUACUUCGGUGUAAAUAUGUAAUAAAGCUGUAUGAAAUGUUUCCGCGCGGCAUGAGCCUGGUAUUAGUGCUGGAAUACAUGCGCUCCGGGCUGUGGGACAUGCUGCACCACAACCAGGCCGCGCUGACGACGCCGGUCGUCAAGAGUUACGCGCAGAUGCUGCUCAAGGGCACGCGGUACAUGCACGCACACUACGUCAUGCACAGGGAUCUUAAGCCAGCGAAUUUACUAAUAAACCACGAGGGUAUACUGAAGAUCGCAGACCUCGGCCUAGCGCGCCUUUACUGGCCUGACGGAGGCCGACCCUACUCGCACCAAGUGGCCACGAGGUGGUAUCGUGCCCCGGAACUUCUCUACGGGGCAAGAUUUUACAACGAGAAGGUUGACAUGUGGGCCGUGGGCUGCAUCAUCGCAGAGAUGAUACUCAAGAAACCGCUAUUUGCUGGUGAAUCCGACAUCGAACAGCUGGCCAUAGUACUCCAGCACCUCGGUACACCGACAGAGGAAACGUGGCCAGGCCACGCCCAGCUGCCAGACUUCCAUAAGAUCACGUUCCCAGAGUCCUCGCCCACACCUUGGUCUGAGUUGCUCCCAGCGGUGGAAGCGGAUGCGGUGCACCUGAUCAAGUGCUGUUUGUACUAUGAUGCUCAUAAGAGGAUAUCCGCUAAGCAGGCUCUACGGCAUCAAUGGUUCCAGACACGGCCCCUGCCAGCGCCUCUAGCAGAUAUGCCAAAACCAAUAAGUUCUGCUACGCUAAAAUAACCCCUAAGAAUAUAAAAAUAAAACACCUUAAUCAAUUUAUCUGGUUAUUUAA